CUGCAAGCCGCCACCGACUUGAACCGAGAUUGUGGUUAGACUCAGUGACAAGUCAGACGUACUUUCUAAAUAGUAUGACUCAAUCGUGAGUUGAAAAAUGUAAUUCUUGAAGAAUACGAUUCAACAACACGGAUCUUUUUUAUUUUAAAAAAUGGGUCGGUGAUAAGGGUUGUGGUUCUUUUAGUUUUCUUUGGUUCUCCUCGAUAAUAAUCAACGUAUACGAUGGUGGACAUAAAGACGAACGUGAGUUUUGCAUGCCAACGGUGUCUACAACCACUUAGACUCGAUUCCAGUUUUGAUCAUCUCGGGGAGCAUACGCUUGCCGAACUUUCACUUCCCAUACAGCAGCAAGUGGUCGGAGGAUUAGAAACCCAAAGCGAUAGCAUAGAACACUUGGUACCACCCUUCAGAUUGACUGAAUCAGGAAAUGGUACAAAUGGAUUCAUGCUGGUUGGUGAUUCCGGUGAAACUGAGAGCUUAAGUCAUCAUCUAAAGGUACGAGCAACAUUAUUUGACAUUCUUAGCAGUAGCAGUUCAGCAGACCACCCUCUUUGUGAUGAGUGUACAGAUAGCCUGUUGAUAAUAAUGGAUCAACAAUUACGAAUGACAGAAGGAGAAUGGUCAGAUUACAAUGAGUACCUGAAAAAACUAGAAAUAGAACAGCAACUCCAAGGACAUGAGGAUGUAGAGAUGGAGAACUUAACAAAGGAAUUGCAGGAUGUACAGUCUGAAGAGGAGAGAAUGAUAAGAGAGCUAGAAGCAUUGAGAAAGGAGGAGAUAGCUACCAAAAAUGCUAUAGCACAACAGGAAAGAGAAAGGGAAAGAUUACAAAGUGAAGAGGAAAGGUAUUGGAAAGAAUAUUCUAAACACAAACGAGAUGUCCUUUUGGCUGAAGACGAAUGUCGCAGUUUGGAGUGCCAGUUGGCGUACGCAGCUUCGCAGCUUGAGAGGUUGAAGAAAACGAAUGUCUUCAACGCCACAUUCCACAUCUGGCAUUCGGGCCACUUUGGAACUAUCAAUUCGUUUCGACUAGGUCGAUUGCCGAGUGUACCAGUGGACUGGAGUGAAAUAAACGCCGCAUGGGGACAAACAACGCUUUUACUGUCGUCUCUUGCGCGCAAAAUGAAUUUGACGUUUAAGCGUUUUCGUCUGGUGCCGUUCGGCAAUCACAGUUACAUCGAAGCGCUGGAUCAGAACAAAGAACUUCCUCUGUAUGGAAGUGGUGGGUUCAAGUUCCUGUGGGAUACGAAAUUCGACGCAGCUAUGGUGGCGUUUUUGGAUUGCUUGCAACAAUUUAAGGAACAAGUAGAGAAAGGAGACAGUGGCUUUUGUUUACCAUACAGAAUGGACCGUGGUAAAAUAGAAGACACCGCAACAGGCAAUUCCUACUCUGUAAAGAUACAGUUCAACUCAGAGGAACAGUGGACCAAGGCUUUAAAAUUUUUACUAACAAAUCUAAAAUGGGGUCUUGCAUGGGUCAGCUCCCAAUUCACAAAAGAUGAACUGGGCAAUUGAGUGUUGGUUUUUGUGAUUUUGCGUAAUAUUAAUUAUUCAAUUGUCUCGCGUGACUGCUUGUGUACAUAUGCUGUAUUUUAAAUAAAUUCAACUGAAUGA